AUUCUGAAUAUAUAUCCGAGAUCAGGGCGAUUAGAAGUCUACGAAGGGGUUCUUGCCUUACCGAGCGAGGGAAGAGUACACGAGGAGAUGCUCCGAUGUACCAGUUCUGAGUUUCGAAGCUCUUGGACUAUCAAAAGCCAAUGCGAUUAUUGACUAUCGCUCAUUAGUAACAUCUGUAGCAGUCCAAUAAGCUGAAGGUGCAGAAAUCCAGCUGGGGACGACACAAGGAGCUAAGAUGCUGCGAUGCAUCACUAUCUUGCUGAGCACCAUGACGCUGACAGUUUUCGCUUCACUGCAAGCCGAUUUCGGCCAAGUACCUGGCGAAAGGCAGAGGUUCAGAGUGCUGGGCCCCACACGCACAUACACAGUAUCCCAGUCCUGGAUUGAAGUGAGCUACUCAGAUCUCACACACAAUGCCGGCAAGGUGCUAUAUCAGCUCGGCCCGGAUGUCAUCCCCUUGGCCAUUGUUCAGGGAAAUGGUUACGGCCACGGGCUUGACACAGUGGCAAAGGCGUUUCUGGGGGCGGGCUUCAAGGAACUGGGGGUUGCCGACAUCAACGAAGCCAUCACACUGCGUCAGGAGGGCGUGGAGGUGCCCAUCCACAUAAUCUAUCAGCCGGACUUCCUGACGGCGCGAGUGAUGGCCCUGGAAAAUGUGGAGGUGUACAUUGAGGACCUAAGCUUUGCGCGCGUUCUCUGCGAGGAGACCACGGCAGUCAAGCGCGAGGCGCCCAUGCAGGUGCAUGUGAAGGCGGCGCUUGGAGCGGCGGUGCAAGGGGUGAGCAGCUUGGAAGAGGCAAUGGAGCUCAUAGAGUACAUCAAUACCUGCAGCAGCCUGCAGCUGCGAGGCAUCACCACCGAGCAUGCCGAGCCCAAGGAGCUGGAGGUAUUUGCAGAGAAGCUGCGAGUGGCUGGGGCCAAGUUUGGCGUUACGGGGGUGGCAGCCAGCCCGAAGAUGCUACGGGACAAGGAGGCCUACGGGACUACGGGCAUCGUCCACGUCAGCGCUGCCCUCUACGGGCAGCAGGAGAUCGUGAAGGCGGGCGAUAUGCUGCACGAGGGCCACCACGCCAAGAGGGACAUGACCGUGGCAGUCAUCUACCAGGGCUACACCGAUGCGUUCCAGGUGGAUGAGGUGGCGGUGAGGGGCAAGCUGUGCCAGAGAGUGGAUCUGGGCAACAGCAUGCGCGUCACAAUCAUCGAUGUCACUGCCGUGCCUCUCGUCCAGGUGGGUGACGUUGUGCUGUUGCAUGGGAAGGAUGGCAGCAUAGAGCUGAAGAAGCCCUGGAAUCUGGCAGCAGUGUCCAUCGGCGUUCCCCGCAUACCCAAGUGGGACUGACGCAUAUUCACUUUUGGAUAUAGAAGGAAAAAUCGGACCGCUGUAUUUGUUUCAAAAAUGAAAGCAACAUGCGCACCAACACCUGAAAAAGUCCCUUGCAGAGAGUGUGCAUGUGCUUUCCGAAGCAUGUUUCUGAUUGCUCAAACUUGUGAGAUGAAACUGGAAGGAUAGCUGAGGUGGUUCGGACCGUACACUAGUGAUGUUGAAGAAGAGACAGCAGUGGCUGUGUGCUCAUGAGUAAGAAGAUUCUUGGAU